AGUCAUGGAAGAUGGACCUUCCUCCUCGUCAUCAUCUUCCUCCUCCUCAACAGGCUGCUUUCGGAGGUUUACCGACUGUUUCCUCAGCACCAGUCUGACAGAUGAAAAAGUAAAGGCCUACCUUUCUCUCCAUCCCCACGUGCUAGAUGAAUUUGUGUCUGAUAGUGUGAAUAUUGAAACCGUUGAGAAAUGGCUGAAGAGAAAGAGCAGCAGACUUGAAGAUGAAAAUCUUAAGGAUGUCAGUAGGCAGUAUCAGGACAGUAACAUGCAAGCAGUGGUGUAUGAGUUGAACACCUACAUGGAACAGCGGUUGGAUACUGGUGGUGACAACAAGCUACUCUUAUACGAGUUGUGUAACAUCAUAAAAACAGCUACCAAAGCUGAUGGAUUUGCACUAUAUUUUCUGGGAGAAUGCAACAAUUCGCUGUGUUUGUUUACACCAAUGGGACUCAGAGCCGAGCACCAACGUCUUGUUCCUGCUGGACCAGUUGGAUACGGCACUACAAUAGCAUCGUACGUAGCUAAGUUCAGGAAAACGUUGUUAGUAGAAGACAUAUUUGGGGAUGAACGGUUUCCCAAAGGAAUAGGGCUGGACUCAGGAACUAGGAUCCAAUCUGUCCUUUGUUUACCAAUAGUGACUGCACUCGGUGAUUUGAUAGGUAUCUUGGAGCUGCAUCGACAAUGGGGCAAGGAUCCUUUUAGCAUUAACCAUCAGAAGAUUGCAACUGCGAAUUUAGCAUGGGCAUCGGUUGCAAUGCAUCAAGUCCAGGUAUGCAGAGGUCUUGCCAAACAAACCGAGCUCAAUGACUUUCUGCUGGAUGUAUCCAAAACCUACUUUGAUAAUAUAGUGGCAAUAGAUUCCUUACUUGAACAUAUAAUGAUAUAUGCAAAAAACCUGGUGGAUGCUGAUCGCUGUGCACUCUUUCAAGUUGACCACAAGAACAAAGAGCUAUACUCAGACUUGUUUGACAUUGGUGAGGAGAACGAAGGAAAACCGGUCUUUAGGAAAACCAAAGAGAUCAGGUUUUCUAUUGAGAAAGGAAUUGCUGGGCAGGUAGCACGAACAGGAGAAGUUCUUAACAUUCCUGAUGCCUAUGCAGACCCUCGAUUCAACAGAGAAGUGGACCUGUAUACCGGGUACACAACACGAAACAUUCUAUGUAUGCCCAUUGUCAGCCGAGGGGCAGUCAUCGGGGUUGUACAGAUGGUGAACAAAAUAAGUGGAAGUGCCUUCACUAAAACAGAUGAGAACAACUUUAAAAUGUUUGCAGUGUUCUGUGCUUUGGCCUUACACUGUGCAAAUAUGUACCACAGAAUCCGACAUUCGGAGUGUAUUUACCGUGUCACACUGGAGAAACUGGCCUAUCACAGUGUUUGCACAGCUGAGGAAUGGCAGAACCUCAUGAGAUGUACACUUCCUCAACCCCUUUGUAAAGAAAUUGAAUUAUACCACUUUGAUAUCAGCCCUUAUGAGGACCUCUGGCCAGCUAUAUUUGUCUAUAUGGUCCACAACUCCUGUGGAAAAAGCAGUUUUGAACUGGAGAAGCUGUGUCGCUUCACAAUGUCGGUGAGGAAAAAUUACCGCCGUGUACCCUACCACAACUGGAAGCACGCAGUCACUGUGGCACAUUGUAUGUAUGCCAUCCUGCAAAAAAUCCAGGGACCAUUCACAGAGUUGGAGAGGAAAGGUCUCCUCGUGGCUUGUCUGUGUCAUGACCUAGAUCACAGAGGUUACAGUAACAGCUAUCUGCAGAAGUUUGACCACCCUCUGGCUGCACUGUAUUCUACCUCCACAAUGGAGCAGCAUCACUUCUCCCAAACAGUAUCUAUCUUGCAGUUGGAAGGGCAUAAUAUUUUCUCCAAUCUGACCUCCGAUGAAUAUGAACAGGUCCUGGAGAUCAUUCGGAAAGCCAUCAUCGCCACUGAUCUAGCACUAUAUUUUGGGAACAGAAAGCAGUUGGAGGAGCUGCUUCGCACCAGGUCAUUGGAUCUCAACAAUCAGUCACACAGAGACAGAGUCAUUGGUCUAAUGAUGACAGCUUGUGAUCUCUGUUCCGUCACAAAGUUAUGGCCAGUUACCAAGACAACAGCCAAUGAUAUUUAUGCUGAAUUCUGGACAGAGGGUGAUGAGAUGAAGAAGAUUGGAAUCCAACCCAUUCCUAUGAUGGACAGGGCCAAAAGAGAUGAAGUCCCUCAAGGCCAAGUCGGCUUCUACAAUGCUGUAGCCAUCCCUUGUUAUGGUACACUUGCUGAAAUCUUCCCACCAACCGUUCAACUGCUACAAGCUUGCAGGGACAAUCUGAGUCAGUGGGAGAACGUAGUCCAAGGAGAAGAUUCCUCAGUGUGGGUUCCUCCCCAGCCUGUACCCUCAGAGAAUUUUCCCGUAAAGAUUGAGAACUGAUCAACCUAGUAUUCUGUUCUGAAUGAUCCAUUGUGGAGUGUCUGGCUUUGAAUUGGGAAAGGGGAACUGCUACUGUAGGUAAUACAAUAACAUUACCUCAUAAGUUCAUGGCAACAUUCCCUCUUUUUCCAGCUGUUAACACAGAAAUUAGGAGGUUGAACAACAUUUAAAGAAGGCAUCGGAUCUAAUAUCUAAACAAAGCCUGCUUUGUUUGCAGAUGACAUCAGAAAGAGAACAUUGGUCUUUCUUGUGUGCUGUAUUGCUGUGGCCUUAAUAUUUUUCCUAGACAGACAGGUACUUUCCUUGCAAUUUUGCGCUUGGUACUUAAAAAUAUCUGUCUGGGUUAAGUGGCGGUGGUAGUCUGAAAUCAUCAUUUCCGCUAAAGAUGGUUUACAUAUUGGUUUGCAUUUCACAAUAAGAUGUGUGUAGAACAAGAUUGUAUUGUAGUAGUUGUAAAAGUGACAACCAUGGUUGAAACAUUACUUGAACUGACAGCAUGCAUCAUCCAUGCAAACUGCAAAAAAUGAAAAGGAUUCUCCCAGAUGCAAGCCUCAGAAACCUUUCAGCUACUAUAUGGCAGGAGCAUCUUUGAAUUGAGACAAAUAUAUGGCUAAGGAUCUUCACAGUCAGAUCUAACCUGGGGAUGUAAAUGAAGGCAAGUCAUGAGAUUUGAAUCUCCUUUGAAAGACAAUCAAAAAAUGAUUUGUCUCGCACAACAGUGUAUCAAAUGGUCAAAACAUCUGAUUUAUAUCAUUGUAGUUAUCAGUUUUGACGUCGAUGUGAUGUAUGAUAAAUCUAGUGCUAAGCUAAAACUGGGUAGAAUUUCUUCACCCUAGUUAAAUGUGAUACAAACCUAAAAGUUGGUAAUCAUUUUCCCUACAUGUAGCAGUAACAUUUCUUUAUUUCACUCAACGCUGUGUGAAACUUGGCAGGAACUAUCUGUAUAGCAACAAUGAAGUAAGUUUCCCAAAAAUCUACGCCUAACAUUUUUCUUGCUUUUUAAGUGUAGAACUGGAUUUUCUAAUUAGAAGUGCAUAUUGUCAGCUCCUAUACUCAAUGACAACUGAAUUUCUCCUAUCCAGUACCUCCAAAUGUGAAGUUUUAAGUGCAGGAUUAGGAUAAUCAUUGUUUUUCCCCCUUUUAUUCUUUGAAAUGCACUAACUGUUUAAAGGACUGGAGAGAGGGCCUUAGCCACUUGCUCACCGAGCCUCUAUCCUCAAGUUCUCCGGCCGAUGUACUUCAAGAAGUGGAGUCUCGUCUUCUACAGGAAGAGCCAAUUAGCAUUGAUGCUUACUGUACAGUUCGCAUAUCAUCAACGAAGGAUCACAGAAUAUUAUUGGUAGCUAAAGUAGCUGUGUGGUUUAAAGCCUAUCAAAAGGCCAUAUGUUCAAGUCCUUGAGCUUCCUCUCAUGCAUCUUCUUCAGUUGAGUAUAUAUUAGUUGUUCUUCUCUAGAGUGGUAAGUGGAACCCCAUUUUGAAGCAAUGGGUUUCAUCUUGGGGAAAGAGAAAUCAAUACCAUCUGACAUAUCACACUGGAAAUGUACUUCCUGCUAACACGAUUGGAGCAGCACUAACGCAAAGGUAACUGUAGAGAAGAGUGAAGCUUAAACUGCUGAGAAGAAUGGGUGAUGUUUAAUAGCUCCCUAAGAGGAGAAGCAAAUCCUGGUCAAAUAGACCUCAAAGCGUUUGCAUCCCUCUCCUAUCUCAAUCUUGUGGGAAGGGGAAAGAUGAUGAGUGUCUUACUGGGAAUGGGAAAAACUGCAUCAGACAUGUUAGACCCACAAGUUUGUACACCCGGUCAGCAAACCUGAUGAAAGAAACCAAAGGUGGCCCUUCAAAUUCCCAAUAGAGAAACAUGGGUACUUCAUUUACAUCCCUAAUCCCCACUGUGUAAAACCAUACCAUAUAAUUGUUGGAGAUGUGGUCAGUCUUUCAAAGUGUUUCUAAUGCUGCAUUGUGUUGCACUAGUUGAUUCAAGAUGCUGUCGACCUGGGUUGUAGGCAGCUUUUCAUCGUUAGCUCUAGUUUCUCCUGGAAGUCGAAAGGGAUUUUUUGCACUCCUUCAGUGUAUUUACUAUAAUGGAAUGCUUUGUGUGCAUGUAAUAUGUACAAACAAACUGGAAUUCUUAGCACAUCACCAUUCACGACUGCUGUACUGAGCAGCUUAAGCAUCACCUGUAAAUAUGAAAAUGCUGACAAACUGUCCACUCCAGCUUUAUUAUGAAAUGUAAUGUUUCAAUGUAACAAAUGUUAAUAUUUAGGCAACUGUUUACUGCAAGUGAUCUUGGUUAUGUACAUUUACUAUGUAACAAAAUGUUAUUGUAAAUUAAUUUUUACAUUGAGUAUAGUAUACAAAUGGUUUAAAAAAAAGUCCAAAGUUUUGGAUGGGCUUUUCUGUUACAAGAGAAGUAAUUCCAGAGUAGCAACAGGACAUUAUUUGUAAGAAAAAAAAGGAAAAAAAUGCAAGUGCAAUAAUUUUGA